CGCAAGUUUUAAUCCUUUCUGCUACUUCAGAACUAAUUGCCUUGAUAGCGGUAGAGGUAGUUCGUCGAUUUUGAUAUCGAGAGCCAAGACGUUAUAAAGUCCGAAUUUUUGUAAAAACUUUUAGCUUCUUUAGUUUUUAAGUAGAAGGUGUUUUUAACUUCGUAAUAUUUAUCGACGUUUCUAAAUAAUUUUUAUAGAGUUAUUUAUACUAUGACUGAUAAAGCAAACCCUCAGUUUGUUAUAAGAAAUUUGCAUUGUAAUGACAUCUCGGAACUGAUAUCGUUACCUCGACUGGAAGGACGGGAAAUGGGCCAAGAAUCUGAAAUCUCGACAUGGCUGAAUAUUGAUCCUCAUGGAAUUUUCAUAGCUGUGAAUGUUGAAGAUGGACUUAUUGCUGGCUGCUGCAGUGGAAUAGCAUUAUCAGAAACUCAUGGUUACAUCGGUAUGUUUGUUGUGAAAGAUAUUUAUCGUGGACUAGGACUUGGACGAGUUCUCUGGCAGGCUGCUAUCAAUCGUUUGGGAAACCGAAAUGUGAGUUUGAGCUCUGCUGCAAAGAUGUUAAGCUUUUACCGGGAUAAGGCUGGUUUUUCCUUAUCUGCUGAAUGGACUGUUGAUUUAUACACAGCAACGAAGCCUUACUUACCAAGUAUUUCAAUUUCUCGUUACUUUCCAUUUACGUUCAUUGUUUCGUCCGAAAGCCUUUAUGUUCAAGCUUUGAUUGCCUACGAUUCUUCAAUACAUAAAUACAAUCGUUCUCGUAUUGUCCAAGAGACUAUAAAUGAACCUGGUACUGUUACCGCAAUGUCAGUUAAGUUAUCAGCUAGCUUUAAAUUAGAAACUACAGGCUAUGCUUGCAUGAAAAAAGGCCUUCAAGGACAUUGGUUGCUAGCUCCUGUUUAUGCAGAUGAUUAUUCAUCAGCUAAAAGCUUAGUCUAUAGUCUGUUGAGCUCUUUGAGCUCGGAACAGAGACAAGAGGGUGUUGUUGCGAAAUUAGUAAGCUCUAAUUACGAAGCUGCAAAACUUUUUUAUGAAUUCGGGCUAAAAAGAACUUCCUAUCAACUCCAGCGACUGUUCACAAAAGAAGUAUUUGAAAUACCAGAAAAGAAAGUAUUUGCUCUGCAAACAUCAGUCUUCUGUACAGAGUGAAUGAUCCCGAACUUUUCUCAACCGGAAUGUACGCUGAUUCAUGGUAAUGGAUAAUUAAAUUUUAAAUUUGUUUUAAAGAACUAUACUUGUUUAUUUUUAAAUAUAAAAUAUGGCCUUAUUUCCUUGCAAACAUAGUUGAUCUAUGUCUUUAUUUCGUUGAACGAACUGUGACUAAAGGCCUAUUGUUCAAUUAUUUCUUAAGUGUUAAAUUAGAAUUUGCAAUGUUUACUGGCUAAACGUGGUUAUCUCAGUUUUUACUUUGAUACAAUGUUUUCAUUGCUUUUUUUAUUUAAUAAAGUAUUUUGUAGCACAAA